AUGAAACCUCUCAAACGUCUACAGCGAAAACGACCAGUCGAGGAUAAGAAAGACACAGAAAACAAAAGUCAUGAUAGUGAGACAGACGAUGACGAAGAAGACGCAGAAGACGAACAAGAACAAAUACAGAAAGCGAUAAAGGAAAGGAAAACAGUUCAUUUUUAUAAUAUCAAACCGUCACAAGAUAUACAAGAUGUUACUGGAUGCACGCCUGAACAAGCAGAUAAAUUGAUCGCGCUUCGACCAUUCAAGGAUAUUGAUGAACUUCGCGACACGCUACAGCAAGAACGUGGAUUAAGCGUCAGGUUCAUCAACAGCUAUAUUGAUAUGAUGGAUGGCUACACGGUCGUGGAUCAAAUUAUUGAAAAUAUCGAGGACUUGGGUGGCGAAUUGAAAAGUAUCGUCAACGUGUGGGAAGGUGUGGACAUUGAUGCUAUCCAGGAUGACCAGGAGGACACUGGCAUGCAUUUAUCAGGUGCUGCAGUAAGCGACAAAAAAAAUAACACCAACAGCAGCGACAUCGAUGAGUCGAGCGACUUGUACCGUGACGCAAUGGACGGUUUCUUGACGGAACAGCCAAAGAUUGUCAAUGACGAUUUCAAGCUCAAAGACUAUCAGCUCGUUGGUAUCAACUGGAUGCUUAUGCUUUAUCGCAAGGGUAUUUCUGGCAUCCUGGCGGACGAAAUGGGUCUCGGCAAAACAGCACAAGUAAUCAGUUUCCUGGGACGACUUUACGAACUUGGCAACAAAGGACCGCAUCUGAUCAUCGUACCAACAUCAACAUUGGAUAACUGGCUGCGCGAGUUUGAACGUUUCUGUCCCGAUUUAAACGUAUAUGGUUACUAUGGCACCCAGGCCGAACGUUUUGAUAUGCGCGAAGAGCUGAUGGAUGAGGAAACUAAGGGAGAUUAUCAAGUUAUUGUAACCACCUACACUGUCGCUACUGGCAAUGUCGACGAUCGAAAGUUUUUGCGAAGGCUCAAAUGCAAAUCCAUGAUAUUAGACGAGGGACAUAUGAUUCGCAAUUGCACGAGCGCCCGCUACACGCAUCUGAUGGCCCUCAAGACACCUUUUCGAUUAUUACUUACUGGUACACCACUACAAAACAAUCUACAAGAGCUGGUAUCCCUGCUCAUGUUUAUCAUGCCGAAAUUGUUGGUUGAUUACGAAGAGGAGAUUCGUAAGAUUUUUAAAAUCAAGGCUGUUACGAACGCGACCAAGGACAGUCGAACGGCAUCAUCCUCUGCACAAAUUUUAUCCCAGGGACGGAUCGAACGAGCCAAAAAAAUGAUGACACCCUUUGUAUUAAGACGUCGGAAAGCUGAUGUGCUCAAAGAUUUACCGCAAAAGAUGCAUGUUAUUGAACGGUGCAAAAUGACCAAAAGUCAACAAAAUUUGUACAACACAAUUCUCAGUGAAUCCAAACAAUCAUACAAAGAAGCCCUUGACAGCAAACCAGGCCAGAAGAAGGAUAAGCUCGAUCGCUUCAAGAAUAUUGUCAUGGAAUUGCGCAAGGCGGCUGACCAUCCGAUGCUGUUCCGCUAUAUUUACGACGAUGGAAAAUUGCGUAAGAUGGCAAAAGCUAUCAUGAAGGAAGAAAAAUACUGGGAUGCAAACGAAGAAUACAUCUAUGAAGACAUGACCGUCAUGUCUGACUUUGAGUUAAAUAGAUUAUGCAAAGAUCAUAAGUCGAUUAGCAAGUUUGCACUGAAGAAACAAGAAUGGAUGGAUUCGGGAAAGGUUGAGAAACUCAAGGAAUUAUUACCCGCAAUGAAGGCCAAGGAACAAAAAGUCCUGCUAUUCAGUCAAUUCACGAGUUUGCUCGACAUUAUAGAACUGGUGAUGGAUACCCUUAAUAUUAAAUAUCUGCGACUAGACGGAGAAACAAAACCCGCUGAGCGCCAGGAACGGAUCGAUCAAUUCAACGAAGACAAAGAUAUUGAUGUUUUUCUUCUCAGUACGAAAGCCGGUGGAUUUGGUAUUAACCUGACUUCAGCGAAUAUUGUUGUUCUGUACGAUACAGAUUUCAAUCCGCAGAAUGAUCGGCAGGCUGAAGAUCGCGCUCAUCGCGUUGGUCAGACACGCGACGUAACAGUUUACAAGAUGGUAGCUGAAAAUUCCGUGGAAGAACACAUCUUAAGAAUGGCGGAUAUCAAGCUCCGUUUAGACCGAAGUGUGUCUGGUUUGGGCGAAGACACAGAAGGCGAGGCUGAUGAGCAAGUGGAGAAGAAGAACGUCCAUAGUUUGCUUAAAACCGUACUUCUCUCUUAA